AUGGCGGCCGAGGGUAUAUCUACAGGUGGCAUUCCGCCGAAUUCUACUGUCUACAUCCGGAAUUUGGAGGAGUCAAUCAAGGUCGAUCAACUAAAAGAGGCUCUUGAAGAGAUCUUUUCGGAGUUUGGUAAUGUGCUCGAGAUUGUCGCGAAGGCCAACCUGAAGGCCAAGGGCCAGGCCUUCAUCGUUUAUGACAGCGUCGAAGCGGCAACCCGCGCCAUCGAUGAAGCCAAUGGGUUUGAUCUAUUCGAAAAGCCCAUGGUCCUGGACUACGCGAAGACCCGAAGCGAUGCCACUGUAAUGCGCGAGGGUGGCUCGGACGAGUUGGAGGCUCACAAGCGGAAACGCCUCGCUGAGAAAGAGCGCCGACAAGCCCAUGAUGCGCUCGAAGCACAGAAGAAGCUCAAGCGCCCCGCCGCCGCCGCAGUUCCCGACAACGCACGCCCAGCCAAAACCGCAAAGGGCGCUGGUCUCAAGCCUACAUCUGGCGCUACAGCUGCUGUUGUGCCAGAUGAAUAUCUUCCUCCCAACAAGAUUCUGUUCCUGCGGGAUCUGCCAGAUGACGCUAGCCAAGAGGGUCUCUCGGCGGUGUUCGGUCGUUUCGAGGGAUUCCAGGAAGUCAGAUUGGUGCCAGGUCGCAAGGGUAUUGCUUUCGUCGAGUACGAUGCCGAAGCUGGUGCUAUUAGUGCAAAGGAGGCUACCACGAACAUGCCUAUGGGAGAACAAGGCAAGCCAAUCCGCGUUACCUACCAACGACAGUGA